AGAUUGAAGAAAAAGUCUUGAUAUGUUCAUAUUUUUCUUCAGUCAUCAUGUAUUACAAGUUUAGUUUUUUUGUCUGUUACCGUAACUGAAAGGCCAUACUUCUCUGAGGAAAUUUCCAAUGAAUUGAGGGAGUAGUUGAAGAAGACUAUACAAAUCAACCAAAUUUGUUCCAUUUUGAUGAUGAUAGGUUGAUUAUGUAUACAUGAAAGUAACACAAGGGGAAUGUAAAUGGCAGGGGAAUCACAGCGUAUCAUCUUCUAUCCGUCUCAAGAACCCUUGCCCACACCUUCGCCAUUUACGUUCUCCGUUGCAGGUUCCACCACCUUGAGUUUGAGUUCUCAACCCGCUUUUCGUUACGCAAAUCUCUUUCUUCGGUUUGCUGGCUUGCUCUUUUCUUUCAUCUCUGCAAUAUGUCUUGUUUUUCCAUCACCUCAGUACAGAAAUUAUGAGCCUUCUACUUUCCUUAAUACCGCUGAACUAACGUACUGUUUUAUUGUAUCAAUAUUGGCUUCUAUUUACUCAGCUUACCAACUCUUCAAAGGAGUAUGUGACAUUGCAUAUAGAGCACGUUUUAUCUCUGACAAGAUGUCAGAUUACUCCAGCUUCAUUCUUGAUCAGUUGGUGGCUUAUCUUCUGAUUUCAUCAUCUUCAAUAUUGGUACUUACUAUACAUCGAAUUAUACCUACAACAUCGGUUUGGAAGUCUGCGGUUGUGUCUGCGAGUAUGUCGUGCAUCACGUUCGUUAUAAUCGCCAUUUCUACACUUCAGUCAGGUUACAAACUUUGUAAAAGACUUAUUUGGUGAUGUAUUCCUCCAUUUCUAGAGGUUGGAUUGAGUAUAACUUAAAAUCCAUUUUUUUCUUCUGUGUAUGGCGUCAAUCAACAAUUUUAUCCAAUACAAUUUUACACUA